AUGGCAAGCUUGAACGUCUUCAAAAAGCCCCUCGCUCUCCACUCCACGAAGCCAAUGACAGGCUACACGCGCAAUGGCUACUGCGAAGUCCCGCCCGAGGACGGCGGCAACCACAGCGUCGCUGCGAUCGUGACGGACGAGUUUCUAGAGUUCUCUGCUGCGAGAGGGAACGAUCUGAGAAAUAUUGGCCUCACCGGGGGGUGCAAGUGGUGUCUGUGUGCCAGCCGGUGGAAGGAGGCUAUGGAUGCGGCGAAUGGGGUCGAUGAUAAGAAGGUGCCGAAGAUCAUCUUGAGUGCGACGAAUGAAAAGGCGCUGCAGAAGCUGAGUCUGGACGAUCUGAAGAAGUAUGCUGUUGAUAAGGACGCAUGA